AUGUCUGCUAAAAAAUCUAAUGAAUACCUAGAUAAUAUCAUUAGAUAUUCACUAAAUAUCUUGAUAUAUCAUUUAAACCAGACUUCAAAACAAAAUUACAUUACCUCUUAUGCUACAGAAUUCAAUGUUGAGGACAAAGCUGAUAAUCAAGAAGCAGGACUAGAAGAUUUAGUUGAUCAUUUUGAUCACUUUAUCAAAACUAUACAAAACUCAAUUUCUAUUAACCAAUUACUCUUAGGUGCUAAUUUAAUUGAGAAUAAUAUAAAUUUCUAUCAUGGCAAACACAUAGAAGGUGAUGAAUUUAAAGUCCCACCAGACACAAACUUUCAUCAAUGGGUUGAAGAAUUUGGAAAAUUAAUUAGUGCAUCAUAUCUUAAAUGUCAUAUAGAAGAAAAUAAACAUGACUUAAUUUUGAGACCAAAUCAAAAAGAAACAAAAAAAUGUGAUUGUAAAUCUCAAAUAAUUAUUACUAAAAUACAUACACCCAAUGGUCAACAUAUAACAAUUAAAUAUACUUCUUAUACUAAUCAUUUUCCUAGUUCUGUUGAAGAUAUCGGCAAUCUAAGACUUUCCAAAAAAGUUCAUAAUUGGAUUGCUGAUCAUAUUCAUAAUGGGCUAAACAUUAAAGGAAUUAAUCAGCUAUUUCAGAAAAGGGCUUGUAAAGGAGUAACACUUGCUCAUCUUCUUUCAUCUCUUAAGAAUUUUGAAUUAGUACACCAUUGGCUUUAUAGCCUUCGCAAACAAAUCUCUGAUUGGCAAGGUUCUGUCACAUUUCUUGUAGAUUGUGAUUCUGCACAAAUUAAAGCUCUUUAUGUUGCCUUUUCAGAAAGCAAAAUUUUACUUUCCUGCAAAGACAAAGCUAAAAUUAUAGAGCAUAAGCUCAAUCAAAAUGAAAAAAGAUUAUUAGGUGAAGAACUGUUUGCAGACUUAAAAAACUUAAUGCAUAUAGAUAAUACAAAUCUAAAUGACUAUGAUAAACAUGCUAUUAACAAAACAAUAUGGAUAAAAGCUUACCAAAAUAAAAUCCCACAUUCUAAUAUGAAUACUACUAAUAUGAUUGAAUCCUGGUACAAGCGCCUCAAGUAUGAUAAUUUUGAAGGAAAGUUUAAUAGGCACAAUGUUAGAGCAAGACAAAUAAUGCCAGCUGAACAAAAAAUUCGUCGAAGACAAUUAAAAGCACAAGAACUUAUAAAUACUGUUUUAGAGUUUAGAAAUAAUAGUCAUAUUUGGACUAUGGCCUCUGAAUUAACACAAGAUAUAAGAUAUUCUGUGAAAAAAAAAAUUGAGCACUGUCAAUUAGAAAGACAAUUUUAUUGUACAUGCUUAGAUUUUCAAAUGCAUCAACUUCUUU